GCGCCGCGGGCCCCCAGGUCCGGCUAGGGGGAGGCGCGGAGUCCCGCGGCCGAGGUGUGCGCUGCAUCCCCGAGCAUGAGUGCAGAAUGAAGCGGCGGUUGGAUGACCAGGAGUCACCGGUGUAUGCGGCCCAGCAGCGGCGGAUCCCUGGCGGCUCGGAGGCGUUUCCUCACCAGCACCGGGUGCUGGCCCCCGCCCCUCCGGUCUAUGAAGCGGUCUCUGAGGCCAUGCAGUCGGCCGCAGGGAUCCAGUACUCGGUCACACCCAGCUACCAGGUCUCCGCGGUGCCCCAGAGCUCCGGCAGCCACGGGCCUGCCGUCGCGGCCGUCCACAGCGGCCACCACCACCCCGCUGCCGUGCAGCCCCACGGAAGCCAGGGGGUGCCGGGCCACGCGCACCCCGCCCCGCCCGUGGCGCCCGUGCAGGGACAGCAGCAGUUUCAGAGGCUUAAGGUGGAGGACGCGCUGUCCUAUCUCGACCAGGUGAAGCUGCAGUUCGGAAGUCAGCCACAGGUGUACAAUGACUUCCUUGACAUCAUGAAGGAGUUUAAAUCGCAGAGCAUCGACACUCCGGGCGUGAUCAGUCGCGUGUCACAGCUGUUCAAAGGCCAUCCUGACCUGAUCAUGGGCUUCAACACCUUCCUGCCUCCUGGCUAUAAAAUCGAGGUGCAGACCAACGACAUGGUGAACGUGACAACUCCCGGGCAGGUGCACCAGAUCCCCACCCACGGCCUGCAGCCCCAGCCCCCGCCGCCGCCCCAGCACCCCUCCCAGGCUUCCGCACAGGCCGCCCCGGCCCCGGCCCAGCCGAGCCCUCAGCCCCCGGCCACCAAGGUCAGCAAGCCUUCCCAACUCCAAGCUCAUCCUCCAGCCAGCCAGCAGACGCCCCCACUGCCGCCGUACGCCUCCCCCCGCUCCCCGCCCGUCCAGCCCCACACACCAGUGACAAUCUCCCUGGGCUCGGCGCCAUCCUUGCAGAACAAUCAGCCUGUGGAGUUUAAUCACGCCAUCAACUAUGUCAAUAAGAUUAAGAACCGAUUCCAGGGCCAGCCAGACAUCUACAAAGCCUUCCUGGAGAUUCUGCACACGUACCAGAAGGAGCAGCGGAACGCCAAGGAGGCGGGCGGGGGCUACACGCCAGCCCUGACCGAGCAGGAGGUCUACGCCCAGGUGGCCCGGCUCUUCAAGAACCAGGAAGACCUGCUGUCCGAGUUCGGACAGUUCCUUCCCGACGCCAACAGCUCGGUGCUUCUGAGCAAAACCACGGCUGAGAAGGUGGACUCGGUGAGGAACGACCACGGGGGCACCGUGAAGAAGCCCCAGCUGAACAACAAGCCCCAGAGGCCCAGCCAGAACGGCUGCCAGAUUCGCAGGCACUCCGGGACGGGCGCCACCCCUCCCGUGAAGAAGAAACCCAAACUCCUCAGUCUGAAGGAUUCCUCCAUGGUGGACGCCAGCAAGCACGGGGUUGGAACAGAGUCGUUGUUUUUUGAUAAGGUCCGAAAAGCUCUGCGCAGCGCCGAGGCCUACGAGAACUUCCUGCGCUGCCUCGUCAUCUUCAACCAGGAGGUCAUCUCCCGAGCUGAACUCGUGCAGCUGGUCUCUCCGUUCCUGGGGAAAUUCCCCGAAUUGUUUAAUUGGUUUAAAAACUUCCUGGGCUACAAGGAGUCUGUCCACCUGGAGAGCUACCCAAAGGAGCGCGCCACCGAGGGCAUCGCCAUGGAGAUCGACUACGCGUCCUGCAAGCGCCUGGGCUCCAGCUACCGCGCCCUGCCCAAGAGCUACCAGCAGCCCAAGUGCACGGGCCGCACGCCGCUCUGCAAAGAGGUUUUGAACGAUACCUGGGUUUCCUUCCCCUCCUGGUCUGAGGACUCCACCUUUGUCAGCUCUAAGAAGACGCAGUACGAGGAGCACAUUUACCGGUGCGAAGACGAGCGCUUUGAGCUUGACGUCGUCUUAGAGACCAAUCUGGCAACAAUCCGAGUUCUGGAAGCAAUACAGAAAAAGCUCUCGCGCCUGUCUGCUGAGGAGCAAGCCAAGUUCCGCCUGGAUAACACCCUCGGGGGCACGUCGGAGGUCAUCCACCGCAAAGCGCUGCAGAGGAUAUACGCCGACAAGGCGGCCGACAUCAUCGACGGGCUGAGGAAGAACCCCUCCAUCGCGGUUCCGAUUGUUCUGAAAAGGUUGAAGAUGAAAGAGGAAGAGUGGCGAGAAGCGCAGCGAGGCUUUAAUAAGGUGUGGCGAGAACAAAACGAGAAGUACUACUUGAAGUCUCUAGACCACCAAGGCAUCAACUUCAAGCAGAAUGACACGAAGGUCCUGCGGUCCAAGAGCUUGCUCAACGAGAUCGAGAGCAUAUACGACGAGAGGCAAGAGCAAGCCACAGAAGAGAACGCCAACGUCCCCGCUGGGCCGCACCUCUCCCUCGCCUACGAGGACAAGCAGAUCCUGGAGGACGCUGCCGCGCUCAUCAUCCAUCACGUCAAGAGGCAGACAGGGAUCCAAAAGGAGGACAAGUACAAAAUCAAGCAAAUCAUGCACCAUUUCAUUCCAGAUCUGCUGUUUGCUCAGAGAGGUGAUCUCGACGUGGAGGAGGAGGAAGAGGAAGAAAUGGAUGUAGAUGAAGCCACAGGGGCAGCCAAGAAGCACAACGGUGUCGGGGGCAGUCCCCCUAAAUCCAAGCUCCUGUUCAGUAACACGGGCGCUCAGAAGCUGCGAGGGAUGGACGAAGUGUACAACCUCUUCUAUGUCAAUAACAACUGGUAUAUCUUUAUGCGGCUGCACCAGAUCCUCUGCUUGCGGCUGCUGCGGAUUUGUUCCCAAGCGGAACGGCAAAUUGAGGAGGAAAACCGAGAGAGAGAAUGGGAGCGGGAAGUGCUGGGCGUCAAGCGGGACAAGAGCGACAGCCCUGCCAUCCAGCUGCGGCUCAAGGAGCCCAUGGACGUUGACGUGGAGGACUACUACCCGGCCUUCCUGGACAUGGUGCGCAGCCUGCUGGACGGCAACAUCGACUCGUCUCAGUAUGAAGACUCGCUGCGGGAGAUGUUCACCAUCCACGCCUACAUCGCCUUCACCAUGGACAAGCUGAUCCAGAGCAUCGUCAGACAGCUGCAGCACAUCGUCAGCGAUGAGAUCUGCGUGCAGGUGACGGACCUUUACCUGGCAGAGAACAACAACGGGGCCACGGGGGGGCAGCUGGGCACGCAGAGCGCCAGGAGCCUGCUGGAGUCGGCGUACCAGCGCAAGGCGGAGCAGCUCAUGUCCGAGGAGAACUGCUUCAAGCUCAUGUUCAUUCAGAGCCAAGGGCAGGUGCAGCUGACCAUCGAGCUGCUGGACACAGAGGAGGAGAACUCGGACGACCCUGUGGAGGCCGAGCGCUGGUCGGACUACGUGGAGCGCUACAUGAACUCCGACACCACCUCGCCCGAGCUGCGCGAGCACCUGGCGCAGAAACCCGUGUUUCUCCCCAGGAACCUGCGGCGGAUCCGGAAGUGCCAGCGCGGGCGGGAGCAGCAGGAGAAGGAGGGGAAGGAGGGGAACAGCAAGAAGCCGGCCGAGAGCGUGGACAGCCUGGACAAGCUGGAGUGCAGGUUCAAGCUCAACUCGUACAAGAUGGUGUACGUCAUCAAGUCCGAGGACUACAUGUACCGCCGCACGGCGCUGCUGCGCGCGCACCAGUCCCACGAGCGCGUGAGCAAGCGCCUGCACCAGCGGUUCCAGGCCUGGGUGGACAAGUGGACCAAGGAGCACGUGCCGCGCGAGAUGGCGGCCGAGACCACCAAGUGGCUGAUGGGCGAGGGGCUGGAGGGCCUGGUGCCCUGCACCACCACCUGCGACUCGGAGACGCUGCACUUCGUCAGCGUCAACAAGUACCGCGUCAAGUACGGCCCGGCGCCCAAGGCGCCCUAGGGGGUGGGGGACCCCCCCCCCCGCCCGGAGCACGGCGCCCCGCGAGGAGAGCCUGCCGGGCCUCGGGCCUGGGGCGCGCGCCCGUCCCCGCCUGGCCUCGGGCCCCGCGCCCGGCUCCCCUCCGGCGCCGUGGAACUGUUUUCUACCUGCUUCUUUACGAGUCCGCCCCGUCCACCCACCAGCUUUACUCUCACACACACACAAUUUUAACGUGGGUUUCUUUUGUAAAUAUUGUACAUAGUGUCAAUUUUUUAUUAAAAGAACUAUGCUUUGAUGUGCUAGC